AUGGGCGCCAUCCACUGUCGUCAAGAGGAACAACAAAUCAUGAGGAUAGACGACUAUCCUGGAAACACUGAGGUUUGGCCCUCGGAGAAGGAAGAAGAAGAACCUGAUGACACGAAUCGGAACCCACACGCUAGAAAGCGGGCUGGAAGUAAGACCGCGAUGAGGUUUACCCGCGGCAGAAUCAAUCCCACGGGUGAAGGAAGAACAUCCUAG